UUGGUUUGGUAGGUUGUUUCCAGUAAGACUAAGGUUUUUUUUUAUGUUUAUUUGUGUGAAGUUUCUGGAUAAUAAACGAUCAUUAAUGUGAAGUGAAGUACGAUGUAGCUCAUCAAUAGAAUGACAUGUGCAGAAUAUCUAGCAAAAAAAGAUUGGGCUUGCAAUAACCCUAAUGAAAAAGAAAUAAGAUUCAUUGAAGACAGCUCGGAAGAUUCUUCUGAUGAAAAAAAUGACUCAACUAAUUAUAAAAGAUAUAAUGAUCUAUUACCCAAUGGCAAGCUAGUUCGCAAAUUGCUCCAGUCUAAGAAACCAAAAUUUAAUAAAAUUUGGCGUACACCUGGCAGUAAAAGAGACUUUUUAGAAAAGGGUACUGAAUCUAAAUCUAGAUUUCAUAAUAGUAAUAUUACAAUCUGUGAUAACACCAAUAGUGACACUGACCACUCUAUCACUUCUGAAACAAAUUGUCUUCCAAAGUCUAGUCCCAAAGACAUAUUGCUUGACUCAAAUUCAGAAUAUCUAGCAAAAAAAGAUUGGGCUUGCAACAACCCUAAUGAAAAAGAAAUAAGAUUCAUUGAUGACAGCUCUGAAGAUUCUUCUGAUGAAAAAAAUGACUCAACUAAUUAUAAAAGAUAUAAUGAUCUAUUACCCAAUGGCAAGCUAGUUCGCAAAUUGCUCCAGUCUAAGAAACCAAAAUUUAAUAAAAUUUGGCGUACACCUGGCAGUAAAAGAGACUUUUUAGAAAAGGGUACUAAAUCUAAAUCUAGAUUUCAUAAUAGUAAUAUUACAAUCUGUGAUAACUCCAAUAGUGACACUGACCACUCUAUCACUUCUGAAACAAAUUGUCUUCCAAAGUCUACUCCCAAAGACAUAUUGCUUGACUCAACUGAUGUGGAUGAUAUAGAGAAGAAUAAAACAGAAAAGUGUCUUGAUAUCGUACCAAGAAAAAUGGCCAAGACCGAAAAACGAAAGCGUGAAGAUAGUGCUUCUGAUGUUGAGCAUGAAAGGCCUAUUUCAAAGAAGACUAAAACCAAAGAGAAUGAAGUAAGAACAAAGGUAAAACGGAAAGAGAAGAGCCACGAUGUGUCGUCUAGUGAUGGUGAAAUCUCAGACAGACCUUCCUCUAAAGGUAGCAAGGAACUGGUUGUUGAUAAAACAAAUAGAAACUCUAUGAACACCCAUCUGUUGAGUUCGGAGAGUGAUAAUGAAAAUGCUAUGAGUGAUGAUAAAGUUACUUCCAAUGACAUUUAUGUAAGGGAUUCUGCUGCAAAUGGAAAAGCCCCGCAUGAAUCAUCCUACAGUUCGGAAGAAGAAAUUAGUGCAGAAAAAGCUGUGAUAUCAACUUCUAGUACUUUGGAAAGUGUUAAGAAACAAAUUCGCCGCAUGCCAAAGUUUACGCAAGAAUUGAACGAUGACAUUUCAAAACUUGCAUUACUACUAGAUAGAGAUUUGAUUGAAAAGAAUGACAUUUGGAUUCUGCAAUGUCCUAGUGAUAUGGAUUGCUCAGCCUUAGUCAGUCAAAGACUCAAUCUAGAUGGCAGUUGUAAACUGGACGACGGAGAGAAGACGUACGAGUCUUAUAGUUACCGCAACACCAACCCACGAAGUGCUACGCUGGCAGUGCCUAGUGAACGUAACCAACUAGAUCUGCGUAGGGUUCCAAUCACUGGAAACAUUAUAGUAGAGGAAUCAGUGAAAGCAGUUAACAAUAGUUCCAGUCAAAUAAUUUCUGAACCUCCAAGUAGGGUUGAGUUUCCAGAGAAUCUUAGAAUACGACAUCCUCUACUAGGAAUUGAUUUCUCCAAACAACCUCGCACUGCGGAGAGGAUUACUCACGUUUCUUCAAAAAAGAAAAGACAUUCAAAGAAACACGAUGAAAGUUACAAUGGUUCACUGUCAUUAGAUGUGGUUCCCAGCGAUGUUUUGUCAUCAAAAAAGAAGAAAAAGAAACAUAAGCACUGUGAAGAUGACACAGUUCCAGCUCUUGUAGAACAGCAGCUGGAAGAGUCUUUUGGUGGAAGUGCUAAAAAGAAGAAGAAAAAGAAACACAAAGACAAUGAAAGUUUUAGUUAGAAAAUGUUUUAUUUUAUUAAUUUUUACUUUGUUAUUUUCAUUGGACAUGAAAUGCUUUUACGCUAAAGCAAUCAGAUUUUAAAUAUUGACUAAUAGUUGUAACUUUGAAUUUUAAUUUGUAUCCAUGAAAUCAGGUGUCUACAAAUCUAUUAGAAACUCUAAAUCGUACAGCUAGUUACAACUUGUUGUUCCGGAAGAUUUAAGAUUUUUACUGUGUGUUUCCCUUAGAUUUAACUUAUUGUUUUUAAUUUAUGACAGUAAUGUAAUUCUGUUUUAGGAUUUUUGAUUGUUAUUUAUUAUUUAUUUUAAUGUACUAAACUUCAACUUAAAUUGUAUUUUGUCCAAUAUGCUACCAAUUUCUUAAAACCGAUGAGGCUUACUCAAACUACGAGACUAAAGACUAACCAAACUAAACCUAACUAAGAGCCUUUUUGUACAGACUUUCCAAAACAAACGAUAGGGUUAAAUAUAGGUUUCUUGGAAUAUGCCUAAUCAAUGAAUCCUGCAUUCAUACUCUUAAUAGGUAAAUCUAACAUUUGUAGCCUCUAUGGGCAAAAUAUGUAUAACAAUUCAAAAUGUACAUAAGUCAUAAGUGCCUUUUAUUUAUUGAUAAGUGUAUAUUUAAUUAUUGAAGGUGUUUUGUAAAUGGGUUAUGUUAAUUUUAUAAUUAAAUAAGUUGGUUUUGCAAAAGUCUGUCGAUUGUCAAACGACUCC